UCCAAAUGCCCGCCAGGGGCCGCAGGUGACUGAUCCGAAGCUCGGCCUCCAGUCAGGACCCUCCCUCCCUUCAGGGAAGGAUCAAAAGAGGCCAGGGGCGAUCUUAGCCAUCCCUUGCCCCAUUGCUGCCUCAGCGGACUCAAAGUCACCUCUGCUCCAGCAACUGCUGGCAAGAUCCGGCUAGGGACUCCCUCCCACUCCACGGCAGGAUCCAGGAACUGGUCCCUAUUGGGCAAUCAUUAAUCGGAUUCUUGGCAUUCCUCUGUCCCUGGACGGCAUGCUCCCUGCUGGAGAAGGAGCAGAGGCCCGGGACUGGCAUUUGGACAUGCAGCUGCCCAGCAAGGUGGUACUGUCCGCAGCCGCGCUGCUCCUGGUGACCGUGGCUUACAAACUCUACAAGUCCAGGCCUGCCCCAGCUGGGCAGGCAGGGAGAAAUAACAAGGGUCACAAAGCAGAAAAUGAAACAGAGAGCUUGGGACAACCUGCCUUCCAGGAAGCUCCACCGGGAACCCUGCCGAGGGGUCCAAGACGCAGGAAGGCCAGCAAGGGGGCCGGGGUCCCACUGGAUUACAGCUUGGAGGAUCCAGAAGACUGCUGCAUCCUGGACACUUCCAGAUCUGAUGAGCCCACGGAGACUCUCAGCAGUGGAGACUCUCAGCAGGUGCCUCCUCCCUGCGGUGGCCAGGAAGCAGGAACAGAUGUUAGAGGUAAGCCCAACCCUCCUCACCUCCCUUGUUCGGCCUGUGAACCUACAAGCUCCCCAGGCAGACUUGUCCCAGGAGUGGGUGGCAACUGUGUAGGUGAUAAGCUCUCUCCAUGGCCAGAGAGCAGACCCCCAGAGGAAACAGGGUCUGAGGACCCGGAAGCCCCCAGCUGUUGGACUGAUCCCACACUGGUCAACGGUGACAUGAACCAGAGCUGGGUCUUCACCCACAUGACCGGGGUCAGCAGGGGAGAGGCAGGGGCCCUCCAGGCUGCGGCAGACAUGGGUAUGGCCACACAGCAGCGGGAAAGAGCCACCAGCGCCUCCCAUACUUUCUCAUCUGUGGCCCGGAUCCGGAUGGAGGAGAAUAUUAUACAGAAGGCGGAGGGACCAGAGUUGAAGGGCAGAGUCUAUGACUACUUUGUGGAGUCCACAUCAAAAGCUGUCUCCAGGCCAGUCCCUUGCACAGCAGCUCUGGCUGAUACUCCAUCCUGUGGUCCUGGACCAGAGCCCCUGGUCACCGGAGACCAAGCUGAUGACACAGCCGGUGAUGGUACAACUGAAGCAGCAUGCUCCCCCUCUGCAUCAGGCUUCAGCAGAAAAGUGAGCCUCCUGCAGAUUGCUGACAACCCAGAGCUCCAGCUGCAGCCCGAAAGCUUCAGGAUGCCCCUCCCUGCCUACCUGGACCAGAGAGCCCAGCUCAGUUCAGCCUGCAGCCACGGGGAGCCCCAGGUGCAGCUUGUAGCUGGGACCAAUUUCUUCCACAUCCCACUCACCCCUGCUUCAGCUCUGGAUGUCCGCCUGGACCUGGGCAACUGCUAUGAGGUGCUGACCUUGGCCAAGAGGCAGGGCCUAGAGGCUCUGAAGGAGGCAGCCUACAAGGUAUUGAGUGAUAACUACCUUCAGGUCCUCCGUAGCACAGAUAUCUAUGGGGGCCUGAGCGGAGCAGAGCGGGAGCAAAUCCUCCAGCGAAGGUUCCGUGGCCACAAGUGCCUGGUGGUGGCAGACAUGUGUCCCCAGGAAGACAGUGGCCGCCUCUGUUGCUAUGACAAUGUGCAAGAUGCCUGGUAUCCGCUGGCUCAGCUGCCCCCAGAGGCCAUGUCUCGGGGUUGUGCUCUCUGUACUCUAUUCAAUUAUCUGUUUGUGGUGUCUGGCUGCCAGGGACCUGGGGGCCAACCCUCCAACCGUGUCUUCUGUUACAACCCCCUGACAGCAAUCUGGAGUGAGGUGUGCCCACUGAACCAGGCCCGGCCUCACUGCCGGCUGGUGGCCCUGGAGGGGUACCUCUAUGCCAUUGGAGGUGAGUGUCUGAACACAGUGGAGCGUUACGACCCUCGCCUGGAUCGGUGGACCUUUGCCCCGCCGCUCCCGAACGACACAUUCGCCCUGGCACACACAGCCACGGUGUGCGCCAAUGAGAUCUUUGUCACCGGGGGCAGCCUGCGCUACUUGCUGCUCCGAUUCUCGACCCAGGAACAGCGUUGGUGGGCCGGUCCCACCGGGGGCAGCAAGGACCGCACGGCCGAGAUGGUAGCUGUCAAUGGCUUUCUUUACCGUUUUGACCUCAACCGCAGCCUGGGCAUCAGCGUGUACCGCUGCAGUGUUAGCACCCGGCUCUGGUAUGAGUGUGCCACGUACCGCUUGCCUUACCCGGAUGCCUUCCAGUGUGCCGUAGUGGAUGAUCGUAUCUAUUGUGUGGGACGCAAGCGCACAUUCUGCUUCCUGGCAGACCACAUCUCGCCCAGGUUUGUGCCUAAGGAGUUACAGGGCUUCCCCUCUGCACGGGGCACCCUUCUUCCUGCUGUCCUGACCUUGCCAGUCCCUGAUGUGCCGCAGACCCCUGUCUAGCCGUCCCUCCGCUGAGUUCCAUCAGGAUUCAAAGAACCUCCCUGCCCGUCACUCUGGGUAAGAGGCAGGCAAGAACACGGCUGGCUGUGGAGUGAAAGUUAUCUCUCCUCCGCCACGGGCUAUGGGGUCUUGGGGGAUUCUUUAACAGCGUAUGCUACAGGCCUGCUACAAUAUUGAAGCCAGGGCCUAGCAUUCCAGGACCGCUGGCAUUCCACAACUUCGUGUGUUGACUGACCCCGCACCGUGCUUCAAAUCAGAAUUUCUGGUAGGGGCUAUUUCAGGAUCUCACGGACAUGAAGGGUCACAGUCUUAUCCCAGUCCCAGUUCCAGGGGCCAGGGUAUCUCCAGGGAGCCUCUCAAGCUGGUUGGUUUUCUGUGAGCUACCACAGACCACCUUCCUAAGCAUUGAGGCCCACCUUAGAAGCUUCUAGAAGCAUCUGGAGCACAGGUGGAAAGAACUGAAGGAGGAGGUUUGGGCAGGAGCAGGAAGGAGCUCAGGAUAGGCCUGAGGUCAGCAGGACAGGCACGGCUAAAGGUGAAGGCAUCCACAGAAACAUUGUUUGCGGAGCACAUUGACCAAAGCCCACCUUUUUUUUUUUUGGUUGCCUCAAGUUCUGUGUGCUGGAAGGACACUCCCCGAUGAUUUCCUUUUCUACUUCUUGACAGAAGUACUAUUUGUAUAUUAAUCAUUGCACAAUUGAGGUCUGGAAGGCAGGGGUGCAGAUGUGGUUCCAGGCUCUGUUUUCUAGACCCCUGCCACGCCCACCACCCCCUGACCUCAACCACCUCCCCAGAGUUCAGAAUCCUCUCUGUCUGGGCAGGGCAGUCACCAUUCCAGCUCAUUCGUGUGACUGGCUCUGUGUCUGGUGGCUGUCUCCUCUGAUUCGUUGGAUGAGAAGGGAUGGGGGGGGGGGCGUCCAGGAUGGAGUUACAGGGUUGGGAGAGUCUCUGUGGAACAUCCAGGCCCCUUGGUUUUUUACAUCAAAGGGGAGAGCCUGAUCCACCCUGUUACCCUGCCAAACAAGCCCUUGCUCCAUUCCAAGGGAGACAACGAUGUUGAGAGAAAAGUGAUGAUGCUCUUGAGAAGAGCCAGGAGCCAGGGGGUUUUUGAGUCAUAGUCGGGCGGGUCCUGACAAGCGGAGCCGAUGACAAGAAUCUGGACACUGCCUCUUUAAAAACCUUCCCAGAUCCCAGGGGUGGCCAUGCAGCUGCAGGAACUAAGGCUGGGGUGCUUUUGGGAAGACUUGGGAUUGGAUGUAGAACAAGGAGGAGUUUUGACAUGGAGAUGAGAAGCAAGCAUUUGUUGGACUGUGCAAGUUGACUAUCCCUGGACAAAGGCCCGGAAGGAGGAACCAGCUGACCACACUUGAAUUGAAAGCUGAGCAAGAAAGGCUGUCUGGGCCAUGGUGAGUCCCCAGAGAGGAAAUGUCUCCUGCCCCCUUCCCCCCUGGCCCCACUCCCUGCCCCCUACCAAAGCCAUGUUACAUUACACAUCCACGUCAGAGGAACAUUGGGAUGGGGGAAUGGAUGGCUUCAGUAAAAAGACUCAAAGGGGGCAUUGGCAUAGUGGUGCCAGGCUGACGUAGAGCAAGGUGCUUUUGGAAGGUGCACCCAGCUUCCAGGCACAGGCUAGCCCAGUUCUGAAGGCAGCCUCUGGCAAUGAGCCAGACAGAAGGCUAGAUGCCAGCCAAACUGGGUAGGGUCGGGGUUAGGUUCUAGUCCCAGGAGAAGAUGAAACACGUUAAGGAAAAUUCCAGAAGCCCAUGGCACACCAAAAGUAGGAACCAGGCAAGUGAUUCCGGGGAAGUUGCAAAAAGGAAAAGAAAAGAAAACAAAACAAAAAAACAAAAUCCCUGUCUUCUAGACCCCAGUGAAUGGUGAGUACAGUCUUUAUUGAAAGAAGGGACACUGAGACUAAGCUGUCCUUUACGAUCACGUGGCAGACAUCACCAAUCAAUCCCCGAUGAGUCCUUAAAAUGACCUCAGAACUGGUCAAAACAGAAGCCCCACAGCCAUGGCCCGUAAGUCAGAGCUACCACGUCCUUACUGGCUUGACGAGGAGCUGGUUUGGGGAGUGGAAGUAGUUCUAGAAGAGCCAAGUAGCUCAGGGAACCCAGGGGAGGCACAGUGGACAGAGUUCACUGGUAAGAUGAACACGUGCAGGCUCUUUGGGCCAGGCGGGGCACUGCUCUGUGGGUGGGGGAGCAGAAGUGUCCCAGUGGAGGAGAACAGGCUGAUUCGGAGACCAAGCACAAGCACAGAAAGAGAUUGAACUCAGCAUGCAGAACUGCUAAGGCAAGGGUAAAGCAGGCCUUGCAAGACAAUCAGGUCUCCUGGAUGAAGCAUGGAAAUGUAUCGGAGGAGGGGAGGGGGCGGGGGAGAUUCACUUGGUGGGAAGGGGAAGGGUUUUGCAACAAAGGUGAGGGGAUGGGGCUGCUUCUGAGGAGGACAGUCUCAGGGUGGAAGAGGGAUAGACUGAUGAUCUGGCUCUGGCUCUGUUCCCUGGGAGAGAAGGCGGAUUGGUACACUUGAGGACAGUUAACAAGGGAGUCACAGGUACCCUGUCCAAGUCUGUGGUUAUGGGCAGCCUGCUGGCAUCUGCUUCACACAGGGGCUCAGAGUCUAGUUCCCACUUGACUUUAGGGAAUGGCCUAGAAUCUGCAGACAUCCUGGGCUCAGCCUCCGGGUGGCCUAAAUGUCAGGGGUCUCUGAGGACCAUCUGGCUGGCUUUUUUUUUUCUAAUAAGAGUUCUUACUGCUUUAGGGGAGGAAAGAUGAUGUGUGGGUUAUUUUCCACUUUAAGCCAGUCCAUGUCCCUUUAUAGAAAAAUAAAUAAAGAGACAAUUGGAAGAUAGAGAAAUGUAUUUUAAAAAGCUUUCAAUUCUGUCACCCAAAGAUGUCUCCUGCUGGAAUGUGUGUCCCCUGAGUCUCUUUCUUCUGUUUGUAGGUUUUGUUUGGCUUGGUUUUUGCCUGAGUGUGUUUGUGCUGAACAUACAAUUCUGUUGCUUCCUUCUGCACACAGCGUUUUACGGAAUAAGCAUCUUCCCGUGUUAUUACAAACCCUCGGUAAACAUCAUUUUCAAAAGGCACUGAAUAUUCCACCCAGUGAAUGGAUCGCACUUUAUUUAAACAAGAUCCCCUCCUGUUGGGCCCCUACCCCACCCCCACUCCCCGAUGAUUUCCUUUUCUAUCAUAAAUAAAAUAAAUGGUCUUUG